AUGAGCUUCCAGAACCCUCGAAUAGGGGUCGUCAACUGUGAAAUCUCUAGCAAAUUUAUUGCAAGCCUCAGGGUUGUCAAAUCAAAGCCUGUCGUCAACAGUCUCCGCCAUCUUGUCCAAAAUGCUAGGAAAAUGUUGACUGCAAAAGUUCCCCUGUCGUUCCUUACACGCAUAAGCACGACGUCUAUAUAG